AUGGUGGACGCAUGGCUGGACAAGUUGGACGGGUGCGACGAUCUUGAGGUCCGGUCGCAGUACUCCGAGUUUCUGCUGCGGACCGUGGUCGGUGGGAGUAUGCGGUCGACAUAUACUGUCGGUAUCACUCGUCGCAGGCUCGAAUCGAGUAUGGUUGGCGGAGGACUAGAGUGCUGCUUGAGUAGCGCUGGAUCGAGCUGCUUGAGAGGCCCGCCGGGCGGCGAUCGGCGCUAG